CCGGGCAUGCUGGGAGUUCUAGUUUUGCAACAGCUGGAGGCGCCCUGGUUGGGAAACAAUAAUGAUGCCGAAGGCUGUCUGGGCAUGCUGGGAGUUGUAGUUUUGCAACAGCUGGAGGUGCCCCGGUUGGGAAACAGUAAUGAUGCCGAAGGCUGUCCGGGCAUGCUGGGAGUUGUAGUUUUGCAACAGCUGGAGGCGCCUGGGUUGGGAAACACUGGUCUAGAGGUAAAGUCAUUAUUGCAUCCCUAAAAUGAAUUGUAAUGGAACAGCAGGAGCCUGUUCAGAUGAAGCGGUUAGCCGAAUACAGGUAUGGGCACACAGUGUACCCUUCCUCAGGUUAUGGCAUUGUUCUAAUGUGUGCAGGAAACAUCCCUUCAUAGGCCAAUGGGCAGACACAAGCUCCCUGCACAGUUCACCGCCAUGCCUGAGCCCCGUACACGGCGGGUAAACAACCGGCGCCGUUCCAGCCGUCCUCCUCAUGCUCACCUCGUGUGUGUUCCCUGUCACACAUCCCGCCCACCCGGUAUCUGUGUCUUUAAGAGCUGAGCCCCGCCCCCUGUCUUCCUGCUGACAAGAUGGCGGCGGGGAGCAGAGUGCUGUCUUAUACCGUGUACAAGUGGAGCUCGUUCUCUUCCAGUUAUCUCCCGGAGAAUAUUUUAGUUGACAAACCCAAUGAUCAGUCUUCACGGUGGUCUUCAGAGAGCAACUACCCUCCUCAGUUUCUGAUACUUAAAGUUGAGAGGCCAGCCAUUGUACAAAGCAUCACGUUUGGAAAAUAUGAGAAGACUCACGUCUGUAAUUUGAAAAAGUUUAAAGUCUUUGGGGGGAUGAAUGAAGAAAACAUGACUGAGCUUCUGUCUAGCGGCCUGAAGAAUGAUUACAACAAGGAGACUUUCACAUUGAAGCAUAAAAUUGAUGAACAGAUGUUCCCUUGUCGUUUCAUUAAAAUAGUGCCUCUGUUGUCGUGGGGUCCAAGUUUUAAUUUUAGUAUUUGGUAUGUUGAAAUCAAUGGCAUUGACAAUCCAGAUGUUGUACAACCCUGUCUUCAUUGGUACAGCAAGUACCGUGAACAAGAAGCCAUUCGCCUUUGUCUAAAGCACUUCCGUCAGCACAACUACACAGAAGCAUUUGAAUCCUUACAGAAGAAGACGAAAAUAGCUUUAGAGCACCCAAUGUUAACAGAGUUGCAUGACAAGCUAGUACUGAAAGGAGACUUUGAUGGCAGUGAGGAGCUAAUUGAAAAAGCCGUAAAUGAUGGACUUUUCAGCCAGUACAUCAGUCAGCAAGAAUACAAACCACAAUGGAACCAAAUAAUUCCAAAAAGCAUUAAAGGAGAUGGAGAGGACAGCCGCCCAGGAAUGAGAGGAGGACAUCAGAUGGUCAUUGAUGUUCAAUCUGAGACAGUAUACUUAUUCGGAGGCUGGGAUGGCACACAGGAUCUAGCAGACUUCUGGGCGUACAGUGUGAGAGAAAAUCAAUGGAUUUGUAUAUCCAGAGACACAGAGAAAGAGAAUGGUCCAAGUGCCAGAUCUUGUCACAAGAUGUGCAUUGACACUCAUCGGAGGCAAAUCUAUACUUUAGGCAGAUAUCUGGACUCAUCUGUGCGAAACAGCAAGUCUUUGAAAAGUGACUUUUAUAGAUACGACAUUGACACCAACACCUGGUCUUUACUAAGUGAGGAUACUGCUGCUGAUGGUGGGCCAAAGCUGGUAUUCGAUCACCAGAUGUGCAUGGAUUCAGAAAAGCACAUGAUCUACACUUUCGGAGGACGUAUACUUACCUGUAAUGGUAAUGUGGAUGACAGCCGGGCCAGUGAACCCCAGUUUAGUGGACUUUUUGCUUUUGACUGUCAUACUCAAACAUGGAAACUUCUGCGAGAAGACUCUUGCAAUGCUGGACCUGAAGAUAUACAGUCCCGGAUAGGGCACUGCAUGCUUUUCCACUCUAAAAACCGCUGCUUAUAUGUGUUUGGUGGGCAAAGAUCAAAGACUUAUUUGAAUGACUUCUUUAGCUACGAUGUAGACAGUGACCAUGUGGAAAUUAUAUCAGAUGGCACGAAGAAAGAUUCUGGUAUGGUGCCAAUGACGGGCUUCACUCAAAGAGCUACCAUAGACCCAGAGUUAAAUGAAAUCCAUGUUUUGUCAGGACUAAGUAAAGAUAAAGAAAAGCGUGAAGAGAAUGUCAGAAAUUCCUUCUGGAUUUAUGAUAUAGUAAGAAAUAGCUGGUCCUGUGUGUAUAAAAAUGAUCAAGCAUCAAAAGAAAAUCCAAACAAAAGUCUUCAAGAGGAGGAACCUUGCCCAAGAUUUGCACAUCAGUUGGUUUAUGAUGAGUUGCAUAAGGUUCAUUAUCUUUUUGGAGGAAAUCCAGGAAAAUCCUGCUCUCCCAAAAUGAGAUUAGAUGAUUUCUGGUCUUUGAAGUUAUGUCGGCCUUCCAAAGAGUACUUGUUGAGACACUGUAAAUACCUCAUUAGAAAACACAGGUUUGAAGAACGUGCUCAGACAGAGCCUCUUAGUGCACUGAAGUACCUGCAGAAUGAUUUAUUUGUCACUGUGGAUCAUUCAGACCCCGAUGAGACUAAAGAGUUUCAGCUUCUUCCAUCUGCACUUUUUAAAUCUAACAAAGAUUUCACCUCUCUGGGAUUCUCCGAUGUGGAUCACACAUAUGCUCAGAGGACACAGCUCUUUGAUACACUUGUCAACUUCUUCCCAGACAGUAUGACACCACCUAAAGGAAAUUUGGUUGAUCUGAUAACACUGUGAAGAACUCUCUGAACAUGGAGAUGAACAAAUACUGUUAAUUGUUCUGUAUAAAUAAUUGGAACUGAAGCUGAAACGCAACAUGUGCACAUCAGAGUGAACGAUAUGUAAUGGAAAAUGCUUAUUUCUAUAGGGCUAAGGGUCUCUUUGCUGCUUAAGGUUUAAUUCGCAGCAAUGGUUGCAAUUUGGUUUCCGCUGCCUGUUUUGAGAUGCCUAAAUAUAAGGUAGUUGCUUACUUUUCUACCCUUAUUUAAAUAUUGUUUUCUCCUUAAAGGUUUCCUCUGUUAAGGCAUUAGCCUUUGUUAUUUUUUUUUAACAAUAAGAGGAUAGCCCCGUAUUAUUAUAUAUAUUUUUUUGAAGGUUUACUAAGGUAACACAUGGAAAUGAAGCAAAAGCGGAUUGCCAGAAGGAAGACCUCCUGUACAGCUACUGUAUUAUCUGUAUAAAGAAUGUGAAUAUAAAUAUACUUUUCUUUUUUAUUUUGAGUUUUCACAGCCUUUACUUUGAAUAUAAAAUUGUAGGUUGUAAGAAACUGAGUUCUAAGCCAAAUGUAACAAUAGUCAAUGUGUAAUACUUUGAGUUGCAGGUCAUAGUUCUUAGUUAUUCAUAGUCUAUGUAUAUUGAGCAGAUAACCUUCCGGUACUUGACUUGGGACAAGGAGUAGAAGGGCAAGCUGUUGUAAUCGCCAGUACAAGGCUUGUAGUCUGCACCGUUUACUCAGAAGUCCCUAUUUUUAAAUGCAUGAAAAGUAUUAAAGCGAAAUACUUCCAUGGCACGUUCCAUUUUACGGAAGUUUGGCCUAUGGAAGUGUAAUAGCAAUGAGAAAUGGGUUCUUUGUGAUGGUGUGAGAUGGUUGGUAAUGAUCACUGAAGAAAAUGAAAUGUUCAGGAUUCUUGUAAGGCUGCUCCACAGAACACCAUGCACAAAUGGAAAUGCUGUAUCCUGUAUGUUCAGCUUCAGAAUGCUACUUCUCUCUGACCUGAUGAGUUACUCAGGUGGUAUGAGAGAAAUAUUAACAAGACCUGAUGUUUUAGAAAUGUCUUAUAGAAAUCCUGUUUUUUGUGUCACAGCAACCAACCAUAAUUCAUUCAUAUUUUUUACAAGACUGGAAAAAAAACUAAGUUUGUUUGUGGAUGUGAAGGCCAUGCUUUGUAUAUUGAGUUGUUUUAACACAUUUGCUUAUUUGUCUUCAAUCUCAGCAAUUCAAGAUCUUCUGGCCUCAUUUAAAAAAAAAAAGUAUUUUUGUGUCUGAAAGAAGGAAUUAUAUUUUAAGAUGUUAAUCUUCAGACUGGGUCAUUUUUGGUGAUUAAUAUAUAGGGAGUGGCUUAAAGGGGUUGUCCAGGAUUGUAGAAAAUAAAGAGCAGAAGAUGCGAUAAAAAUAACCAUUACCAUUAUUUGUUAUGCACCAGUGUUCCCCAUGGUGUUGCUAUCAUGUAUGGCACAAGACCAAUGACGCCAGUGAUUUGCUACAGUGGUCACAUGGGGACUUUUGGAUUGUUGACACUAAAGUGGCAGGGGAUUAAAUCACUGAGGGGUUUUUAUUGUUCUAUCGCUUGCUGUUAGGCUGUUUUUAAACCCAUGGACAAGCAUCUUAAUACUUUUUUUUUAUUUUUUUUUAUGAAACUUCUUAGUCCCUUGUAGGUUUAUAAAAACAAUUACUGUAGCUUUGAAGAAAAGGUACCUCCUUCCUAAUUUCUUUUUGCAUUCACUAGUUAAUGUGUGCCAUGUAAAGUGGACAUGAAAGCAGUCAGGAGAUUUAUUUUGAACCCUUUACGCUAUUGUGUUUCUUCUUUCUGUUAGGGUCUAUUCACACGUACAGUAUUUUGCUCAGAUUUGAUGCACAGGAUUUGAAUUAGUUUACAUUGAGAUCUGCAGCAUAAAAUCCUGCACCUCAAAUCUGCGCAGAAUACUGUACAUGUGAAUAGACCAUUAAAGGGGUUUACCCACAUCGCAAACUGCAUUGCCCAGUCCCACUCCACUCCCUGGUUUGGGCUUGAAGCAAGACGUUUAAAUCACAUACUCGGCUUCCUGCAUCACUUCUCAGUGAACAAUCUCGGUAGUGCGCUCCUCUGCCUGGCCACCUUCUAUGUGUGACAAGUUAAUCGCAGACAGCUCCAGGCACAGUACACAGGCCCUGGAGCUGUUGGUGGUAGGCUUAUUAAACAAAGAAGGUUGCUGGGCAAGGGAUGCACAUCCAAGAUCCUGGCCCUUUCUGCAAUGUAGGGAGGGCAUGAUGUCAGCAGCCAGGCUUUUAAUGGUGGAACAGUGGUUGGUAACCUAGACUACUUCCACAUGGCAAUAUAUUGCAUCAACAUUUGUAAGCCAAGACUUGGAACCAUAUACAGAGAAAAGCCAUAAUGGAAAUAUUAGUAUCUUUUUCCUGGUUUGAAAGAGAUACUACCUCUUCUCCUGGCCUUGGCUUACAAAUACUGAUUCAAAGCACUACUUUGUGAAAGUAGUCUUAAUGUAGAGAAUACGUUGCAGAAUAGGCAGCUAGUUGCCAAUGUCUUUGCAUAGAUAUCCAUAUUUUAAGACUAAUCUUACUAUAGUAUUAGAUCUGUAUGUGGAUCUGCAACCUAGUAGACACAAAAGGGUUACAGUGACACAUAUGGACAAAAGAAACAUACAUGAAUAUACAGCAACUGAUGAACAAAUCAACCAAUUUUCAACAAUAGUGUGACUAAGCUUUUAGGUAGACUGCUCUACAUUUGGAAGCAGAGGGCCAAGUCUUAUAGGAGCUGGCACACUUUUAUUGAAAUAUUUUUGUUCGUUCAGUUUAAAGGAAAUGUCAGGUGCGGGCAGCAAAAAAAGGGAGAACAAACUUUCACUUACCUUCCUACGUUCCCCUGGAGCUCCACAAUAGCUGAUCAGUCGACCGGGCUGUCUGC